AUGGACGAGCAGAGUCGACUACGCCGAAAGGACACCACGAAAGGCGCUCCUUUGCGCAUACUAUCACUGGAUGGCGGCGGAAUCCGAGGCUACUCGAUGCUCAUCAUCUUACAAGAGCUCAUGCACAGGACUUUCGUGGAGAUUGAAGGAAGAGCGCCCAAGCGACACGAGAUCCCGAAGCCAUGCGACUACUUCGACCUGAUUGCGGGGACUGGAACGGGUGGUCUCAUAGCCAUAAUGCUUGGGAGGCUGCGGCUGGAUCUAGACACCUGCAAGGAAGUGUACGUGAGGAUGACGAGGAGAGUGUUCGAGACGGACAAGACAUUCGCAGGCAUCCCAUAUAAGAGCACGAUGUUCAAGGCUAGUAUGCUGGAAGAGGCGAUCAAGCAGUGCGUACGGGAGCAUACAAUAUUCGAGGACGAAGGGAAUGAUAGUCUUGCGAACGCAGUGCCCAUGUCGGAUCUGGCAGGUAGGAGCAGCACAGAUACGAACGGAUUGCCGCAACGAACACUCAGUCAGAACAGUCGAUACAGUCAGAUUGGCAUGAGUCCAAUCAGCUCGCGUGUAGGGCCUGGCUUUGGCUCGCUGAAGUCUGGCAACCCUAACACUCAGCUGUACGACAUCCGAGAGAACCGUACGAAGACUGGAGUGACUGCAGUACUGAAAGGCACAAAUCAGACGACGAUGUUGCGGUCGUACGACUCGCGAAAGGAACCAGCACCAGACGUCAAGUGCACAAUCUGGGAAGCUGGACGAGCCACUUCCGCGAUAGCCAUGGCGUUCAAGCCGAUCCAGAUAGGCCAGUCGGUGUAUCUAGACGAAGGUCCGGGUAAAUACAAUCCUUCACCUAUGGUAUUGGAUGAGGCAGCGUUGAACGAAUGGCCUGGUCGUGAAAUCGGUGUGUUUGUAAGCAUUGGCACGGGCAAAGCGCCAGCAUCACAAGAUUCGCAUGAGUGGUGGGAAGGCCUGCUUGGUGGCAGUAUGAGUGACUUUGCGGAAGCUCGGAGAAGAUUGAUCAGGAAGCUACAAGGAUGUGAAGAGACACAUCAGCACAUGGUCAGAGAGUAUCUCUCUUCUCGACAAGUGAACGUGGACAACUACUACCGCCUCAAUGUCGAAGUUGGCGUCGGCGAAUUUGGUAUGAACGAAUGGGCACGAUUGUCAGAAGUUAGUACGAACACCCGAAGCUACCUCUCGAAGCGUGACGUGGAAGGGAUGAACCAAAGUAUUGCAGCGAAGAUGGCUAAGAUACACUUCGCAAAAGUGCGACACGAACGUGCUGAAGCACGAAAGGCGGCCGGUGGAAACCCUGCAGCAGACCGCGAGAGCUGGCAGAAUCCAUGGGAUCGACCACUGCCGACUGCUCCAGCAGUAUCGAAUCCUAUGGCAGUCGAGCUACCGGCCGACGACGGCUACUACCAGACUCAGGCAUUCCGACCUGGAUCAGGACAGUAUGAGCACCGACCGAGUAUAGCCGAUCAGAAAUACUAUGUCCCGCCAGAUGCACGAGGCUCGACAGAGCAUCGCCCGAGCGUGACCGAUCAGAAAUAUGUGGUCACGCCAGACGACGGCUACUCACAACCACAAUCGUACGACCUACCUCGCACACCAUCACAACGGGCCGCCCAACCUUAUGGUGCGCAGCCGUCACCACUCUCACCACACUUCCCAAACAACGGCCCCUCACCACGCCAUAGCCACGACAAUGGCGAUCGACGAUCACCACCAUCAGGUCAACCGCCAUACUCGGCCCCAGCACCACCACUACCACCAAAGACACCUCUGCCAUAUCCGGACCAGCAGAUGCAGUCCCCCACAUCGCCACAGACACUACAGUAUCAGAACUACAACGGUGGCGGAGGACCGAGGACUUUCAUGAACAUGGGUGAUCUGGGUAGACGACUACCGUAUCCAGAUGCGGAGGGUCCGCCACCACCGGUGAAUACUGCGAGUAAGCCUACGCUUUCGAGAUGA